AUGGAUAAUAUCGUGCCAGCCACAGUCGUACAGAAGGCAUUUACUCUUGUCGAGCUUCUGUGCUACUCAGUUGAACCACACCACGAGAACCCAGUACUGCAAUCAUUCAUACAGAUGCUGCUCUAUGCCAUUUUCGUAUUCCUUACGCUGCACAUUGGCAGCGUAGCACCUGCACCUUCCGAGCCACGGCCAAUUCCUUUCGCCAAUCAAACAUUCGACUAUGUCGUCGUUGGUGGCGGCACUGCUGGAAGCGCCAUUGCAACUCGAUUAGCACAAAACAACUUCACCGUCGUUCUAAUCGAAGCCGGAAGGUAUUACGAGCGUGGGUCUUUGAUCGAGAUCCCGGCAGCUGCCGUAGUACCCGUGGGCUCAGAUCCAACUACCAGCUCGCCCGAGGACUGGGGCUUUGUAACCAGAAACCAACCCGGCGCUAAUGGCCGAGCUAUACAUUAUGCGCGAGGGAAAUGCCUUGGAGGAUCGUCAGCGUUGAAUUUCAUGGUGUAUCAACGACCCACACGACAGUCCAUGGAGCUAUGGGCUACUGCAGUCAAUGACAGGAGUUACAGAUUUGACGAAGUUCUCCCGUUUUACAAGAAGAGUGUCACUUUCACACCCCCAAACACCAACUAUAGAGCUGCGAACGCAUCGACGAGCUACGACCCUUCCUCAUACGACUCAAGCGGUGGCCCUUUGCAAGUGUCGUAUGCUAAUUUUGCCAUGCCUUUCUCAUCAUGGAUGGGCCUUGGCAUGGAAGCUAUUGGCAUUCCGAUGGCGAGGGACUUCAACUUGGGUACUAUAAUGGGAGCCCAGUACUGCUCAUCUACCAUUGAUCCAGCCAACGAGACUCGCAGCAGCUCUGAACAAUCCUUUCUCUCCAAAGUCAAGCCCAGAUCACUGACCAUCUACGCGAAUACUCUGGCGAAGAAGAUACUGUUCGAUGAAGAAAAGAGAGCAACGGGUGUUCAAGUUCGUGAUGGAUUGGGCAAUAUUGCGAACGUUUCAGCAUCAAAAGAGGUUAUCAUCUCAGCCGGUGCUUUCCAAUCUCCCCAGCUUCUCAUGGUAUCCGGCGUUGGGCCUUCUGAUCAGUUGCAAGAGCACGGGAUUAAGGCCCUGGCUCAUCGACCAGGUGUCGGCCAGAACAUGCAUGAUCAUCCAUUCGUUGCACCUACAUACCGAGUACGUGUGACGACACUGACAGAGCUCGCAACUAAUUCCAGCUAUGUGGCUGAGCAGUAUAUCAACAGAUUGACCAACAAGAGUGGAAUCCUGACCAAUCCAGUGGCCGAUUUUCUGGCCUGGGAGAAGAUCCCGCGGCCCUCACGUGCUGCUUUUUCGCAAAGGACUCUAGAUAACUUGGCCCAGUUCCCUCCUGACUGGCCCGAAGCAGAGUACGUAUCCGGCGCAGGAUACGUCGGCAACGUCUCGGACCUCCUGGCAUCGCAGCCAAGAGAUGGAUUCCAGUACGCCUCGAUGCUUGGUGUGCUGAUUACACCUCUGUCUAGAGGCAAUGUGACUUUGAAAUCAGCGGAUACCACAGACCUGCCCGUGAUCAACCCGAACUGGCUCGAUGACGAGGCCGACCAGGAAGUUGUUAUUGCCAUGUUCAAACGGAUGCGACAGGCUUUCCAAAGCAAAGAUAUGGAGCCCGUGGUCAUUGGCGAAGAGUAUAACCCCGGGCCCCAGGUUCAGACUGAUGAACAGAUCCUUGAGUUCAUUAGAGAUAAUGUUAUGACCAUAUGGCAUGCUGCAUGCACUUGCAAGAUGGGCACCUGGGACGACGAAAUGGCUGUGGUCGAUUCCCGGGCCCGGGUUUAUGGUGUAGACGGACUGCGUGUAGUCGAUGCUAGCGCUUUCCCUUUCCUUCCUCCUGGUCACCCGCAGUCCACUGUUUAUAUGCUUGCCGAGAAGAUCGCUGAGGAUAUUGUGCGGGGUUUAUAG